AUGGAGAGGGACGCAGAAACGCGGCAAGUGCUGUCUGUGCAUGUUGAUUUCAAAGGCAACCGUUUUGACCUUAAAUACCAUCUUUUCCGUGGUCAAUGGGAGCUGCGCAACGCGAACCGAAAACGCAGUGUACUCGGCAGAUCUGACUUCAUUUUGAACAACGAUGUUUCAUUCCGCUUGCGCGCUGUUACACGCGAAAAAAUCUCGAAGAAGGAAGCGGCUGACAUCAUUCGCUACCUCAAUAUCUCAAUCCCGGACAAUGGUGACUUCUAUCGCACGGACGUCACUUUACGCAACACAGCCACGACAGGAAUACAAAUCGAUUCGUUCGAAGCAAAGUCGAAAGUUCACGUGGAGGCAAACGGUCUUUGUUUCUGUAUCUCCUACUUGGACUUACGUCAAGAUGGAUUUCGUCUGGAAUGUCGUUUAUUAAAAUUAGAGACAGCAAAGCUGGACGAUGAGGACAAUGAAGCUCAAGUGCUACUGAAAAAGGUGUUGCAGAUGUUGGAAUGGCCCUUACAACGCAACGUCAUUAAUGUAGCUAUAUCGGGAUACACAGGGGAAUUCGUACUGGUCGCAGCAUCGUUUUCACUAUGCUCAGCAUCUCCCAAGCUGACUAUGCUAGACAUUCCUCGUGUCCAAGAUCUUAAUCAUUCACUGCAGCACGUGGCCUUUGGCUCGUGCAAUGAUCAGAGCUUUCCGCAACCCAUGUGGUCUACUAUUGCAGCACAUGAACCAGAGCUUUGGAUCUGGAUGGGCGACAAUAUCUACGCUGAUAUGAAGGAACUAGGGGAACCACGUUCAUUUCUCAUACCACCACGCAAAAUGUUCGUGGAGGCUCCUCGUGAAGAGCUUGUUCGACGAUACAACAAGCUAAUGGCCAAUGAAGAUUACAAAGCGUUUGUGAACCGCACGCCGAUCAUUGGUAUUUGGGACGACCACGACUAUGGAAUCAAUGAUGGCGGCAAACUGUACUCGAACCGAGAGGAAAGCCAGCAGGUAUUUUUGGAUUUCAUCGGAGAACCUGUGGAUUCACCCCGUCGCAAGCAAAAGGGCAUUUAUACGUCGUACACUAUUGGAUUUGAUGAAAAAACUGUUAAGUUCAUUCUCGUCGACAACCGGUAUCACCGCGACUCGUAUGGCACGAAAAACGGCACGCUUCUCGGAGAAACUCAGUGGAAAUGGCUUGAAAAUGAACUUAUGACAUCGACUGCAGCCUUCAAUGUGAUCGUGUCAGGAGUUCAGAUUCUUCCUGGUGACCGUUAUCCGGUUGCUGAGUGCUGGGGCCGCUUCCCGAGCGAGCGCGAGCGGUUACUGAAGUUGGUUUUGGCCUCGAAAGCAAAAGGCGUCAUACUUCUCAGUGGCGAUGUGCACUUCUCUGAGAUCAACCAAGUCGUGUGCUCGAACGGAGUAAAUAAGAUCACUGAAAUUACCAGCUCCGGGCUGACUCACAGCUGGAUGGAAUUUCACGUACCAUCGAUAAAGUAUAUUAUGGCCUUGAUGUUUACGUACGCCAAUCUUGUGCUGCCGUGGGAGUUUCGUCCGACGCAAAAAUCGUUUUACGGUCAUCUCAAUUGGGGCUCUAUCGAUUUCGAUUGGCAGCACACGCCACAUCCUGUUGCAACGGUGAAGACCCGUGGUGCAGAUGAUCAAGUGAAGCUUGAGUACAGCUUUGAGGCGUUGCCAUUUUACUCAAACUCCCCGGAGCAAGAUGCCAUCGAGUGUCAAGCCCCGCGCCAGAUUCCGAACUGGCAGCGCCUCGCUUGGACCGGUCUGUUUGUUGGUGUGGUCAUUGCUUUUUUGCUUUGCAUUCCUUUGAACGCGCUUGUUCUUUUCUGGUUGGCAUGGUUCUUUAUUAAGAAGAUCUAUACGACAGCUUCGUAUGGUGCAGCAAAGAAGCAAAUCGACAGCAAGAAGAAUGUUUAG